AUGGACCAUGCAGAAGGAUUUCCAGAGGAGAACCUGGAGGAAGAAGGCAUGGGCAGGUUUGGCAGAGCAGAAGUAUCCCCAGUUUCUUCCAGUUCUGGGAAUUUCAGCCAGUUCACACCAGAUUCAGCCACCAGUCCACAUUCGGCAUCCUUAUCCCCACUACCCACUGCUAAGUCUCAGAAGGGUGGAGAAGAUGGCAUAGGGGGGUUGAAGAAGACAAAGAGCCGUACAGCUUUCUCCAAGGAGCAGCUGCAAACCCUGCACCAGCGGUUCCAGAGCCAGAAGUACCUCAGCCCCCAGCAGAUUCGGGAGCUGGCUGCUGCCCUUGGGCUCACAUACAAGCAGGUAAAGACUUGGUUCCAGAACCGGAGAAUGAAGCUGAAAAGGUGCCAGAAGCAUAGCUUGUGGAUGGAGCGGGCUCAGUGUCUCACACAGAAUGGCUUCCAGACAAGUACUUACCUGGAUGUGCACCCCAAAUUCCACCAGGGCUACCCAAUCACAGCAGCCAGCAACAUCCAAAACAUGCCUUCCCCCCUUCAGCACUAUGGUGCAGGGCAGAAUGCUUACACAAUCAUGACCAGCGAGGACGGGGGAAUGUUUGGCAAAGGUGGGGGAACCUGCAGCGUCCAGCAGACAGUGGGCUUCAUUGCCCAGCACAAAGUAGACUUUUAUCACAGCUAUCCUGGAAGUGUGGAAUAUUCUGGCACAAAGACAGGUGAUGGCUAUAACUUUCACCACCCAGCCCCCAUAGGGACACCUUUCCCAACCACUGCUGGUCACCAUCUCUAUCAUUCCUGAAUACUGUGGAUGUGGAGGGCUUGGGCAGCUGGGAAUAAGAUUUUACUCUUAUCUCUCCAUUAUUCAUGGACUCUCUGACUCAGGGGCACCACAAACACACACUCUUUCUGUAUCAGCACAUACAACCAAGUUCUCUUACAGUGAAACUCAAGGUCAGUCUAACUAGGUCAUUCUGUAGAACUUCUAAAUUACAGACCUCAUAACCUGCUUCAGAGUAGGCACAGAUUCCUUUAGGAGUCUCAUCUGUACAUAUUGCUGUAGAGCUGUGUGCGUAUAAAGCCUAUGAACAUGUGGGCUGUCAGGAGAGGUACUCAUCACAGAUCUUGCAUUGGAUUGGAGAAGUUAUUGUCACAUGUCAGCAUCCAUCUGAUGAAGCCACAAAGUGUGGAACUGAUGUAGUGCUUACUAAGGCACUGUGACAAUUACAAGGAAAAAAUUGUAAACAUGCUCUUUCUUCUAGACUGUAUCUUUCUGUGUCUCUCCUUGACAAAAACUAGAAGUGUCUUUACAAACAAUAAAUGGCAAGCAAUAAUUUUUUUUAUUUGGAUUAUGUAUUUUUCUGUAAUUUUUUUCACUGUAACAAGGCAUUGCAACCUGAAACCCAGAAGGAAAGUAAAUAAGCAUAGCAACUAUGUUCUGUUGUUAUUACUGAUUUGAUUCUGAAACUAUGGGCAGAGAUUUUUCUGUGUUAUCAGUGGAUCAGCUUUGGUACU